AUGUUCUUGACCGGCCUCCUGGGCGCCUCGGGGCGGAGCAGCAGCAGCUCGUCCAAGUCACGAUCGUCCCGGAACCAGGGCGCGACCCCCGAAGCGUCCCCCGUGCGACGCCCCAAGUCCCCCGACCCCGCCUCGACGACGUACAUCUCCGACGAGUCCCAGCUCCAGCCCGCGCAGCCCCUGGCGCUGGAGACGCUGGACCUGAACAAGAGCCUCGAGGUCCUGGCCGCCGUCUUCCCCGAUGUCCAGGUCGAGGUGUUCCGGGAGAUGCUGUCCAGCUUCUCCGAGGAGUCGAGGCUAGCGGUAGUCGCCGACGCGAUGCUGAAGAACCCGUCCGCAUACGUCAAGGGGCGGAGGAGGCUGCGGAACGCCCAGAAGGACGCACAGGGCCCAGCGGCCGAUACCCUCGUCCCCAUCACCGAGACCUUCCGGGGGAACGCCUACCGGGACGCAGUGCGCUGCCUGGCCCUGCAAGAGUUCAAGGGCCUGUCCCGGUCCUCGAUCGAAGCGGUGCUCUCCGAGUCCAACUACUCGUACCUCGACGCCCGACCGACCCUCGUCGACCUCUCGACCAAGUCCUGGAAGUUUACGAUCCAGUCGCUGUUCUUCCGCCGCAAGCCCGUCACCACUGGCGAGGCCGAGAACCAUCCCUUGGUGGUGUGGAAGUCCUCAGGCCAGGGGUCCAUCAUCCCGAUGAUCAAGUCGACGGGCCACGCCGAGCUGGACAGAGAGCUGUUCGAGGAGCUCAUCAUGCCACUCAAGAGACAGGAGACGGCUACGCGAGAGGAGACCGAUCGCACGCUGGCCGUUUCACUCAACAACGAAGAGGCCGAGGCCUGCGAGGCCACUUUCGAGUGCGCCUGCUGCUAUUCCGACGUCACAUUCGAGGAGAUGACAACCUGCAACACGGAGGGACACAUGGUCUGCUUCCGCUGCGUGCAGCACUCCAUCACCGAGGCGGUGUUUGGGCAGGGCUGGAUCCGCAGCAUCAACAAGGACUCGGGUACGCUUCGGUGCCCGGCCGUGUCGACCAUCGAGUGCCAGGGCUGCGUGCCGACCGAGCACAUCUACCGCGCCAUGCAGGCCCAGAAGAACGGCGCCGAGAUCUUGCACAAGAUGGACCAGCGGCUGGCCGAGCACGACCUCAUCGCGAGCGACCUGCCGCUCAUCAGGUGCCCCUUCUGCAGCUACGCUGAGGUCGACGACUUGUACGUUCCGACCACCCAGAGCAGGCUAAGGCUACGAGCUAGCAACAUACCCAACCUGGUCCUCCUGGUGCUCUGCUCCUUCGUCCUCCCCCUCUCCAUCCCCCUCCUCCUCGUCGCGUGCGCCUGUCUCGUGCUGUCCUGCAGCGGCGCCUUCCGCAGCUACCUGACGGGGCAGUUCCGCGCGGCCGUCUCGCGGUACCAGCGGCGGCGGAUGGGCCUCAAGUUCACGUGCCGGAACCCGGCGUGCGGGCAGGCGUCGUGCCUGUCGUGCAGCAAGGCGUGGGUGGACAUCCACGUGUGCCACGAGUCGUCGCUGGUGGCGCUGCGGACGCAGGUGGAGCAGGCCAUGUCGCUGGCGAUCAAGCGCGUGUGCCCGCGGUGCAGCACGUCGUUCGUCAAGACGGCCGGGUGCAACAAGCUGACGUGCCCGUGCGGCUACAAGAUGUGCUACGUGUGCCGGCGCGACAUCGGCGCCGCCUCGGAGGGCUACGCCCACUUCUGCGAGCACUUCCGCCCCGAGGGCGACGGCCGCCGCUGCCGCGACUGCACAAAGUGCAACCUCUGGCAGGCCGAGGACACGGACGCCCUCCUGCGCGCCGCCAAGGCCGACGCCGAGGCCCGCUGGCGCGAGACGGAGCGCCGCGAGCUCAGCGGCCCCGAGCGCGCCUACCUCGAGACCGGCGUCGCCAGCAAGCGCGACGACGUCGUCACCCGCCUCGUCAACCACGGCGUCCGGAUGCCCAGCAUCAGCGACAUCUGCGACUCCAUCGUCGAGACGCUGUUCAUCAUCGGUUCUUGA